AUGCCUGAUAGGAAAGAGUUCUGCUCCACAGAUAUCCAGCUAACACUCCAGUUCACCAGGCGCCCUAGCAUGGUCCCAGGUCUGUUUGUGCUGUCACUUGACUUACAUUGGCUGAGGCCCUUGGCUCCUACAAGGAGCAUAGGCCACGGACGAAUGUCCUCCAUCUCACUCAGUUCGGACAAGUUUUUCUGAUCACUUUUGUGCUGUCACGGCCAUGACAAUGACCACAGGGAUUGGCAAGACAGCACAAAACAGAUCUGGGACCAGGCUACGUGCACCCACCCUCUUUACAGGAAUAACAACAACCAAGCCAUCCAGAUCAGACCGGUACAGUGCUCUUAAAUGGCCUGGAACAAGCUCUGUGUACCUAUGAUGCUGGUCUGAAGGAGAGUUCAGUUGGGACAUUCUAUUGUGCUCCUUAGUUGGUCCAUUAGAAGGUUUUACCAGGUCCAUUAGAAGGUUUUACCAGGUCCAUUAGAAGGUUUUACCAGGUCCAUUAGAAGGUUUUACCAGGUCCAUUAGAAGGUUUUACCAGGUCCAUUAGAAGGUUUUACCAGGUCCAUUAGAAGGGUUUACCAGGUCCACUAGAAGACAUUAUAUUUAUUAUUACCACUGCACUCGCUGGAGUGUAGAGAUUCCGCACAUAAAUCCUGUGGUUUCUGUUUUUCAGAGCCUCUCUGUGAGCCUCUCUGUGGGAUAAUGUAUGACAUUCCCUGUUCAAUCUGGAAGUAAUUGUGAAAUGUCAGGAAUGAGAACAUUCCGGGGGUGAACACAAAAUGCCUUUCCUGUUCCUCUGUUCAUUUCUCUGUAUGGUGAUUGUAAAUCCCUGCCCUCCCGACGUGAAGGGUCUAUGGUCCUAUCCCCAUACUCUGUUUGGUCCUAUCCCCAUACUCUGUUUGGUCCUAUCCCCAUACUCUGUUUGGUCCUAUCCCCAUACUCUGUUUGGUCCUAUCCCCAUACUCUGUUUGGUCCUAUCCCCAUACUCUGUUUGGUCCUAUCCCCAUACUCUGUUUGGUCCUAUCCCCAUACUCUGUUUGGUCCUAUCCCCAUACUCUGUUUGGUCCUAUCCCCAUACUCUGUUUGGUCCUAUCCCCAUACUCUGUUUGGUGAUGCUAAAUUCCUUCCUGCCCUCUAGGGAUGGUUUGGUCGGACGUGAAGCGUCUAUGGUAUGAGGGCUUGGAGGACUUCCUGGAUGAGUCGAGGAAUCAGCUGAGCUUCGUCAUGAACUCUCUCUACCUGUCCACCUUCGCCCUCAAGAUAGUGGCCCACAGCAAGGUGUGCGCGUAUGUGUGUGUCUGUGUGUGUAUGUGUGUGUGUGUGUGUGUGUGUGUAUGUGUGUCUGUGUAUGUGUGUCUAUGUGUGUAUUUGCGCUUGUGUGUGCGUCUCUGUGUGUGUGUGUGUGUGUGUGUGUGUGUGUGUGUGUGUGUGUGUGUGUGUUAACGUGAUCUCCUCUGCCAGUUUGAGAACGUGGAGGACACAGAGAGGAAGAAGUGGGAUGCCUUCCACCCCAUCCUGGUGGCUGAGGGGCUGUUUGCCUUCGCUAACGUCCUGAGUUACCUGCGGCUGUUCUUCAUGUACACCACCAGCUCCAUACUGGGUCCACUGCAG